UAUUAAACGACACACAUAAAAACUUAUUUUCAUGAUAUCUAGGUAACAAUAAUCUCAUUGUGUGUUCAGAGUUCUCGAAUAUUGCUUCGUUUUCAGAUUUUUCUCUUUCUUACUUGACGAUUUUUCAAGCAAAAAUAUGGAUGUGAAUGAAACUUUGGGCUAUUUUCAACAGCAAACUUUAUCACCAACUGAACCAGCUUCUCUGGAGCAAAGGAUGGAAGAGGUAGCAUCUUUGUCAACAUUUCCAUCUAUAAGUCCAAACGAUGUGGAGAACAUUUUAAAUUCACUGAGCCCCAUUGAAGACACGGUCGAUAACCAUAUCGGUAGUGCACCAGAAUACACAGUCUAUACCAAUGAUUAUAAUAUGGAUUUGGGACAUGACUCUUUUGAGCGAUUAAGAGAAACAUCUCCGGAGUAUAAUAACCAAAUCACCUCUAAUGAUGUCUCUCAAAAUUAUCAAAGUAACAACUUACAAAGUGAUUCAGUUCGUGAUGACUUUCAGCUAUUUUCGCCAUCGUCAAUUAACAACAAUGGACCAAAAUCUUCAUCUUCAUUCUUUUCUGACAUUUCCAAUGCUUCUACUCCAAUGGAGACAAAUUUUACACGACAUUUAAUACAAAACAGUACACCGUCCCCAAGCACACCGUCUCCAAGGGCACCUUUCAAUUGUUUAAAGAGAGCUGCACCGAGCUCGCAACUCCAUUUGAAUCCCACAUAUCAUCAAUCCAAUAAAUCAAAUUCAAAAGAUCGAGGCUUUAAGUCAAUACUUUCACUAUGUACGGAAACUUCAAUUGUUAAAGAACCAUGGAAACCAAAAGUGGCAAAGAAAAUUUUGGCAGCUUAUUAUACACCAAUAAACCUGAAAUCAGAGUUCCUGGCAACCCAAAUAUCUCUUGAUGAGUUCCAAUCAAUUGCAAUGAAAGAAGCGGUUGUAGCUUUUCAUGCUCUAGCCCUUCGUGAACCCGUCUGCUAUAAACAGGGUGGCAAUGAUGAUGCUGCAUGUCCUGGAAUGCUUGCGCUGGCAUGUAAAGACGUACGAUCGUACAAGAAAUUGCUAUUCGAGGACAAAAUCACUCUUUUGUCAAAUAUAUUUUUCGAUAUAAUCGCUUUGGAAAGUGUCCUCACCUAUGAUUAUUUAACCGAUUGCUGGACUUGUUCAAGUAUCAAGAUUAGUAGAAGAGACGUUUUCCGUAUGGAUCCUUCUUUGCACAACGGCAUUGUUCGUAUUAUUGAGACUUUUCCAGAUCGAUGGCGGAGGGAUUUAACUAUUAGAUCUCUUCUUUAUUUGAUUGUUAUCUUCAAUCCAGAUUUGCCUGAUCUCAAAUUUAAAGAAUACAUAAGACUAGAGCAAUACACUUACAUUUACAUUUUACGACGAUAUUUGGAAAUGAAUUGUAAAUCACCGUGUGUUGCCUCAGACUACCAUUAUCGAUUGAUGGCCAAAAUUGCAGAUAUUCAAAACUUGCGACUGCAAAUGCGAUACUUUUUUGAGAUGUGCCUCAUAGAUUACUCAACAAUGGAUUGUAUAAUAGAAACAUUCAAAAAAUGGCAAAUUUAAUGUCCUAUUCCUAAAGUGUCCCAUUUUCAUAGUUACGAAGUAAACAGAAUUAUUAUUCAUCAUA